AUGCUUACCGGCAAGAGACCCAAAGAUUUUCAAGGUAAUAUAAACACACAAGAUCCUGUUUCCUGGUCAGCUGCCCUGCAGCCAUAUGGAAAGAAAUUAGCCUAUUGUCCCCACGAUGCGCGCAAACUGAAGUUUUACAUCGAAGAACUGAUCGCCUUAGAUGAUUUAUUCGUCCUCAGCUUCUAUACCAGUCUGGAUCCAGAGGAAAUCUUGGCCGAUGCUGAUAAUACUGGCUAUGUUACUCAAUUGCAUCUUAUACUGCUACAUCGGGACAAGAUCUAUGAUUCAACGCAUUUUCAAUACGAUCUAGCACGUGAACAUCGCUGUGUCAAUUAUCACACCAAGCGCAUUUUCCGAGUUCUACCCGUCACACAUGCUCGUGGUCUUUGA